AUGGGGGGGUCGGACCCUCUUCCGGGCGACGAUCCCCGCGACGAGGCACCGGCGGGGAUAACGGACGACGCGCGUCGUGAUGACACGACGGCGAAGACCGACUCGACAGUGGAAGCGUCGGAUGGCUCCGAGGAGGAACAUUCUAAUCGAGGGCUCGCCGAAGUAGACUCCACAGACGCGGUCGCGUCCGUCUCGGGUUCCGACGACGACGAGGAGGUGGAGGAGGAACUCACCGGCUUGGCCGCGCUGAUCCGCAAGCUCGCGUUGAAAGCGGAGGAGAAGAACGCGACGGAGGCGGCGGCUGAGGAGGAACCAGCGACGUUCGACACAACCCCGCUACUGUCCACGUUCGACGUCGCCGGCGUCGCGGAGUACAUCACCUCGGGCAAAGCGAAGAACGUCAUCGUCAUGGUCGGCGCGGGGAUAAGCGUCAGCGCGGGAAUACCGGACUUUCGAACGCCCGGGACGGGUUUGUACGACAACCUGCAGAAGUACGACCUGCCGCACCCGACGGCGGUGUUCGAGCUCGAUUACUUCCGCGAGAACCCGUCGCCGUUCUACCUCCUCGCGAAGGAGCUGUACCCGGGGCAGUACCCCCCCACGCCGACGCAUCACUUCAUUCAUCUGCUGCAUAAAAAAGGGAUCCUUCUGCGGUGUUUCAGUCAGAACAUCGACUCCCUCGAGGCCGCGACCGGGUUGCCGAGGGAGCUCAUCGUCCCCGCGCAUGGGAACUUCGACACCGCGCGGUGCCUGAACGGGCACGACGCGGACGUGGACGAGGUGAGGCAACACGUGGACGACGGGAUCCCGAUGCGGUGUAAAGAUUGCGACGAGCUCGUCAAGCCGGACAUCGUGUUCUUCGGGGAGAACCUCCCGGAGCGGUUCCACACGCUCGCGCGGAGGGACUUUCCCGAGUGCGACUUGCUCGUGAUCGCGGGGACUUCCCUGGAAGUGCACCCGUUCGCGGGGCUGAUCGAUUUCCCGAACGAGGACGUCCCUCGGUUCUUAGUGAACCGAGAGAAGGUCGGGGAGAUGGACGAGCGCAUGCGGGAGUUCAGCAGGCUCGUCGGGAGGGGUGCCGGGCUGAACUUUGGCGAGGACAAUCGCCGCGACGCGCUGUUCCUCGGCGACUGCGACGCCGGAUUCGCGGAGCUCGCGCGGUUGCUCGGGUGGGGCGACGAGCUCGACGAGCUCGUGCGAGCCGGGGUGGAGAAGGUGAAGAGUCCGACUAUUGAUAGAUAG